AUGUACGUGACGCUAGUGUACGACCUAGAAAAAGCGUUACACGAAAAACGGCAGCGUGGCGACUCUCAUUCUUCUCUCUAAUGUAACCAAAACACAGCUUUUACUGCUCUGCUGUUCAACAGGAUGAACUUCAAACAGCAAAAACUUGCGCCGGAAUACAUAAGGGAAUUAGCAGUCUAGUUAUAUAUAGAAGUCUGUGGUAGAAAAGCAAUUGAUAUAUUGUGAAGAUGAUAGAAACUUCAGACAGGAAAUUACUUUAUAAUACUGUAUUAUCACAAACGUUUUCUCCCAAUGGAAAUUAUCUUCUGGCUGGCAAUAUUUAUGGAGACGUGUCAAUAUUUGAUUUAUCAAAGACCUUAGGUCCCAACAAGAUAGAGGAGAAUGAAUUACAAGGACCUAAUUAUCGUUUUGCCGCGCAUCCAGAACAGGAAAUAGCGUGUAUGCUCUCCAUCGAGAAUUUCCUUGUAACAGGAACACGUGGUGAAAUAUCAGGAUGGGAUUGGAAGACAAUUACCUCGAAUAAAAGUCCUAAGAGUAAAGCUUCUUGGAACAUACAAAUUCCUGCUAAUAAGGAUAGUUAUGAUAAACCAGAUAUAAAUUACAUGGCAUACUCAAAAGCAAAUCAUUUACUGUACGCUGGUUGUGGCGAUAAUAACAUAUAUAUUAUAAACUUGGAUGACGGAAGAAUUUUGAGAAGCAUGCAAGGCCACACUGAUUAUAUACACUGCCUUGCUAUAAUGGAUAAUCAGCUUGCAUCCUGCAGUGAGGAUGGUUCUGUGAGAUUAUGGGAUUUGCGUAAGAAGGAGAAUACUAGCAUAUUAACGCCCCAUUUAGUAGAUAAAGUUGCUCGACCGCGACUUGGAAAAUGGAUCGGUGCUGUUGAUUUUACAGAAGAUUGGUUGCUAUGUGGCGGUGGGCCUAGUCUAUCGUUAUGGCAUAUGCGAACGAUGGAGGCAGCGACAAUUUUUGAUUUGGCUGAUCAAGGGAUACAUGUGGCGGAGAUCUACGAGGAACGCGUGAUUGCCGGUGGUGCGGCCGCUCAUGUUUAUCACAUGACUUACCAGGGUGAAAUCCUGGCCAAAGUACCAACCUCGAGUCUCACUGUAUAUAGUAUAGUACAUCAAGAAACACCACAUAAGUUGCUCUGUGCAGCUGGUUCUUCGAAUUGUAUCGAUAUCAGUACGAAUUUCAAUUAUCGCGAAAUGAUGCUUAAAUUUGCGUAAUAUUUAGAAUACUACAAAAUUUUUUGAUAUCGCAUAAAGGUUUUAAUUUCUUAUCGAUCAGAUGGAUGGAAUAACAGGUGUAAUUAAUGCUAGAAAUGCGUUUUUUGUUUGUAAUAAAUAUAUUAGUAAAAUAUACAUAUAUUUUUUAUGUGAUACAAUUCUUCUUUUGUACAAAUACAUACAAAGGAUAUUUGCGCGAUUUUUCUUUCCGCGGCAAAGUUAAUUUAUUGGUGGAUUUGUUCCUUUGAUAAAGCAUUUUAUAUUUCUGUCUUUCCUUCUUGCUCUCUCCAAAUCCAGGAUAUACAUCUAGUUCGUUUUGACUUUUUCAUUUAAAUACAUAUUGUACAAGUACAAAGAACAAUGUAAAUGUAAUUUGAUUAAAUUUGGAAAUAUUAAUUAAA